GAAAAAUUUUGAGAAUCGCCAUGUUUUUUGGCAGAUAGCAACAGCUCUGGAAGACGGCCCAAGCUAAAGGCUGUCGAAACCUUCGCUUAGAUGGCGCAGGAAGUCGACAGAGAGAAAAUGGAGUUGCCGUACUUGGCUGUGUUUAACGCAGCUAGCGAGGGAAAGGUUUUGACACUUGCUGCACUGUUGCACAACAAGACGACGGAAGAGGCCCGUGAACUUCUGACACAUGUGACGGAGGAUUCUCAAGGACAGGCCGCGCCGCCGCUAGUCAUCGCCGCGAAGAACGGCCACUGCAAGGUGGUGAGGUUCAUCCUUGAGACGUACAACAUACCUGUGGACCAGACAGGUGUUGUCAAGUUUGACGGCUACAUCAUCGAAGGGGCGUCCUCCCUGUGGUGUGCGGCUGGCAGGGGUCAUUUUGAUGUCGUGAAGGAUUUGAUCGCCAACAAGGCCAACGUGAACCACCGCACACUGACCAACUCAACCCCGCUGCGUGCGGCAUGCUUCGACGGUCGCCUGGACAUUGUCAGAUACCUUAUACAGAACAAGGCUGACAUCCACAUUGCCAAUAAGUAUGAGAACACUUGUCUGAUGAUUGCAUGCUACAAGGGUCACAUAGACGUGGUGUCGUACCUGCUGGAGGUGGGGGCCAACCCUAACAGUAAGGCCCACUGUGGGGCCACAGCUCUGCACUUCGCAGGAGAAUGUGGACACUUGGAGAUUGUGAAAGAACUGAUCCUGAAAGGAGCAACCCCCCAAGUGAACGACCAUGGUAUGACCCCCCUGAUGCUUGCAGCUGACAGCAGCCAUGCAGAAGUUGUGGAGUAUCUUGUCUCGUUACCUGACUGUGACAAAGUCACCAAGGUGGAGACCUUGGAGCUUCUCGGAGCUUCAUUUGCGAACAACAAGGACAACUAUAGCCUGGACAAGGCAUACCACUACAUGUACAAGGGUAUGGUAGAACGCUUUGCAGAUGAUCCUCAAAUCUUACAUAAAAAGAUCUUGCCUCCAACUCCUGCAUAUGACAGCAGGAUAGAAAGUCUGACAGUAAAUGCACUAGAGGCCAUUCAGGAUAAUCCCCACGCCUUACACAUGGAAGCACUGAUGGUACGGGAGCGUAUCCUGGGCUCGAGCAACCCGGAAGUCCCCCACCCUAUCAUCUACAGAGGCGCAGUCUAUGCAGAUGGCAUGUACUUUGACAGAUGCAUAAACCUGUGGAUGCAUGCAUUGAAGUUAAGGCAAACAAACAACCGCAGUGUACAGAAAGAUCUCCUGCGGUUUGCCCAGGUGUUUGCACAGAUGAUACGUCUGGGGGAGGACGUUGACCCCAACAUUUUGGCAGAAGUGAUGGAAUGUUGCUUGAGGGAGACUAAAGUGGCCCAGCAGCGGUAUGUCUUCAGUUGUAUGCUGAUGCACAUGAGUGACUCUGAACUACAGGCCACCUUCCAGCACAACAUGUUGACAAUGAUGUACCUCUUUGGACUGAUUGCUGCUGUGAAGAUGGACAAGGAACAGGACCGGCGGCUGAAGAAACUAGUGUACGAGUUCCUUCGCAUGAGACCGCAGACAAAAUCAGGCUGCACGCCAUUGCACCUGGCCGUAAGCCAGUGCACGCCAGUAGAUGACUUUCACAUCAACGACAUCUGUAAGUUUCCCAGCCCGAACAUCACACAGCUUCUCAUCGAGUGUGGGGCAGAUGUGAAUGCCACAAACAACGAGGGAAACACGCCGCUACAUCUCAUCGUACAGUACGACAAACCCAUCAGCGACUUUCUAACGCUACACUUCAUUGUGACAAAGUUGAUCCAAGCUGGAGCACAUGUAGACAAGGUAAACAAUGCUGGAAAAGCAGCUGUACAAACCUGUACCACAGGUGUGUCAGAGGUGGUCUUAAAGACGCAGACUAAAGUGAACUUAAAGUGUUUAUCGGCGCGUGCAGUGAAAACACACGGACUGAAAUACAAGGGACAGGUGCCCCAAGAAGUAGAGGCAUUUGUAGACAUUCACUGACAUUUGCCAUAUGGUCUAUCUUACAGAAAACUGUGAAGAUAUUUAUGUAGGUCAUUUAAAACAUGUUAAAAUACAUGCCUGUAUUGCCAACAUCUAAAAUUUUAAAAACAGUCACAAUCAUCUUAAUACAUGUAUGUUAUGCUGUAUCAUACUACUUGGGGAUUUAAUUCUUUAUUGUUGCAUGUGAUGGAAAACAAAUCAUUGGGUGUCCUGCAUGACACUAAAAAGGAACAAAUAAAGGUCUCUUUAUCCAAAUUAAAUCUGUUCUAUUAUUUGUGAAAAAAAAAACGUUUCUCAAAACAGUACCUGUAAUAAGGUGUCAUUUUAUGACUUUGACAUCUACAUUGAAUUAAUGUUUGGUGGAUAUGAUUGUAUGAUUAUAGAAUAUACACAUAAGAUGACAUAUAACUUGUCUUUUGUGAGGCAACGCUCUCAUUAUAAAGCUGAAACUGCUCUUUAAUUUCAAAAAAAGUCUCUCAAAACAGUGCCGUAAUAAGACAUAAUUUUAUGACUUUGAUAUAUGUAUUAAUGUUUGGUGGAUAUGAUUGAAUGAUUUCAGAAUAUACACAUAAAAAAUAACAUAACUUGUCUUUUGUGAGGCAAAGAUCUCAUUAAAAAGCUGAAAGAAACUCUUGUCUCCAGGUCUCUUAUACUCAGUAAUACAUGCAUCUGUAGUAUUUCUUC